CUUAUUUUAGGGUUUUUGUAUGGGGAGAUCGCGCGCGGCAUCUGCGGUCGAGGACGAGGCCGGAUGGCAGAGAUCCAAGCGGCGGCGGUAUGCUCCCGAGAGCUUGGAAACUCCAACUCCAGGAUCGAGCGAGGCAAAGCGAGCGGCUUAUCACUGCAAUUACUGCAACAAGGAUGUGUCGGGGAUGAUCAGGAUAAAAUGCGCCAAGUGUGCUGAUUUUGAUCUGUGCAUCGAAUGCUUCUCUGUCGGUGUGGAGAUUUCGACGCACAAGAGCAAUCAUCCUUACAGAGUCAUUGACAAUCUCUCAUUUCCUCUCAUUCACCCGGACUGGAACGCGGACGAGGAGAUUUUACUUUUGGAAGGAAUCGAAAUGUAUGGAUUGGGAAAUUGGGCAGAGGUUGCCGAGCACGUUGGUACAAAGAACAAGACACGAUGUUAUGAGCACUAUAUGACGGAGUACAUGAAAUCUGUUUGCUCGCCUCUUCCGGACAUGUCUAAUGUUGCUGGAAAAACGAAGGCCGAGCUCUUAGCGCUAGCCAAAGCUUAUACGGAAGGAAAGAAAAACUUGCUGCCUUAUCCAGACGGAUCAACUCCAAGAACAGUGAAGCAGGAGGCCACUAUCUCCCCUUCGAGAAUCAAGGUCGAGGAUACUAAAACUGAACCUCUUGAAAGAUCCCCAACGCGUGUUUCAUCAGGCCUGAAAGCGGGGGCUAAGAAAGAAGUGGAGGAUACCGAGGGGCAAUUAAAUGAGUCUCUCCCAAGUAACCCGGUCUCUGCUGGUAAAAAGUCCGCAGGGUCGCAAGUAAAGGAAGCACCGGACACUGCAAAUGGAGCAAAUCCUACUCUUGAAGAUGGAGGUCAAAGCACUCGUAGUUUGGGUAACAAGAAGCCGAAACCAGCACAGGACGAAACUAAACCCAGUCUUGCGACAACGGAUACAACCGGCUACAAUGCCAAGAGACAGGAGUUUGAUCCAGAAUACGAUAACGAUGCAGAGCUCCCACUGGCAGAAAUGGAGUUUAAAGACAUCGAUACAGAUGCUGAUCGCGAGCUCAAAUUGCAAAUGCUUCAUAUUUAUCUUGCAAGGCUUGAAGAAAGAAAACGGCGGAAGGAUUUCAUACUUGAAAGAGGGCUACUAAAUGUGAAGCGCCAGCAGGCAUUAGACAGGAAGAAGACCAAGGAGGAAAAAGAACUGAUUCAAAGAAGUCGGGUGUUUCUUCGCUAUCAUUCAUCAGAAGAACAUGAGGCACUUCUUGCAGGGCUUACUGCGGAGAUCAAGAUUCGACAGCGUAUAGAAGAACUACAAGAAUAUCGCAGUGCUGGCUGUCAUACUUUGGCCGAAGGAGAGUAUUACGCGAUGGACAAGAGAAAGCGCAGUGCCGAGGCCAACCUCAGAAAGGGAAGAGACGCACUGAACAGCAAGAUGACUAACAGAUCAAAUCGUGCAAUAAAUAGAGACGGCGCGGAGCCGUCCUCCUCAGGCACCCGUGACAUGCAAAGGUAUCGAAGCGGAGCCAACAACAUAUCGAAACUUCCGUCGGUGGGAGUUAAAACAACGAAGAAAAGUUCGAGCUUCAGUCCACUGGAUCUGGCUGGUUUUCCGGGGAUUGAUCUCCUGUCAAGCACGGAGCAAGACCUGUGCUCUCAGUUAAGACUAUUACCAGCGCAUUAUCUAAAGAUGAAAGAGGUUCUUAUGCUAGAGAAUGUUGAAAAGGGGGGCCUGAGGCGCGACGAUGCAUGCCACCUGUUCAAGGUUGAUGCGGCCAAGACGGAGCGUGUGUUUGAUUUCUUAUGGAAGAUGGGUUGGAUUGAGGCGUCCAACGAUAUUCUUCCCAGUUUAUAAAGAGGAAAGCGUGGUGGUUAGCGCCC